CCAAGCACCAUCGUAUCACCCCAGCCCCACCCCCACACUCCCCCGGCGCUCUCACUCUCCCCUCGCCGCCUCCCCUCCACCAGAGCUAGCAGAGGAGGGCUCUCCGGACUCUAGCCGGGCGCCAUGAAGCGGACCAGGGCGCAGAACCCCAAGGCCCAGGACCCGGAGCCGCAGGACCCCGCCGCCGCCGGGAGCAACCCCAACCCCAACCCGAAGCCGCAGCCGCAGCGCCGCGCGAAGCAGCCCCGGCAGCCCAAGGCGGCGGCGACGGCGGGCAAGAAGACGGCCGCGGCGCGCGAGGCCGCCGCGGUGACAGCGACCGCUGCCGCUGCUGCUGCUGCCACCUCCGCCGUCGUCUCCCCCCCAGCGGAGAUGGCGCCCGUCGUGCCCGACGUGUGCGUCGGCGCAGGCGCAGGAGGAGGAGGGGAGGUGGCGUGCGGCCUGCCGGCGGAGUGGGACGAGAUGGACGGGUCGCCGUGGUGGACGUUCGGGGUGGAGGAGGAGAAGCUGCUGGGGUGGUUCCCGUUCGUGGAGGAGGACUUCCUGUCCGUCGGCGGCGUCGGCCCCGCCGCCGCCGAGCCCUCGGUCUUCGACGACGACAUCUGGCGGAUCCACCAGAUCUACGAGAUCCCCAGCUACGCCGCCAAGUGAAGCGAAGCGACGGACGUCGCAAAAUGCGGGCGGGCGGCAUUCGGCGUGCAGGCCUUCCGCUUCGAGAGAGAAAUUAGAUAGGAGCUGCUACCACUACUAGUGCUUUUGCGGUACAGGAACGGGGAACGGACUGAUCGAGGAGGCCACUAAUCACCUUAGGCGAGCGAGGGAGCAAGCUAGUUAACGCUAAACAAAAAGAGAUUUGCAACGGCGAUGCAAUUUCACGUA